GUGAAAAUCAAAAGAACGGAAAUCGCUUCUUAGUUAUAAAAAACCAAAAAAAAAAAAACUAAACAUCAAUAAAAUAGAAAUAAUUACCAACAAAAAAUAAGUGGCGAAAUAAAAACAAAAAACAAAAAUGUGCUUGGAAUGCUUCAGGGGGUAUAAUUUUGUGCUGUAACACUAGAUCAAGCAAAGAUUCUUGCAAGAACAUACUUACAAAAAGUCUUUAAUUAAUAUGCUGCUUUAAUGUGAAUUUAAACUAAAACCUUUAAAAAUAAUACAGUUAUGAAAAAAAUAAUGAUUCCAAAAUAAAUGCCAUAAGUUAAGAGUUCAUAGAACCAUAACGAAAAAAGUGAUAAUUUUUGGUGACUGCAUGCCGAUUCACUACCCGUUUCUACGUGCUUUUCAGCCUCCACAGAUUUUGCCUGCGUGUACCGGAUAUUCACGCAAAAGCAAGUCGAUAAAUAAACAUAUACCCGCAACAGUGAUCGAAGGGCUUCUCGAGAUUUUACAUUGGUUGGUCGGCCAUCCUAAAAGCCUUGUGUCCUGUUAUUUUGAACGAGUGGUAGCACGGCGCCAAUGUAGAGCAAGCGUGUGAAAUAUUUCGUUAGUGGCGUCUUAUUUUGUUUAACUUCGCAUCAAUGUUCCAGCUACAAAGUUGGGUGCAGUGAGCUGGGAAAUCUUUUGACUAUUAGCAAAACUCAAUUAUUCGCUGUUUGCUGUGAUUAUGGCAAAGGAUUCAACCUCGACGCGCAUACCACGUCUAGAUGGCGGCUCACGCAUCCCACUACCGGGCAGCUUGCGACCGCCCAGCUCAACCGCACACAAUGUCACUGGCUUGGCAGCACGUACAUCGCAAAUUCUUCAGCGUGCGUCUACAGUUGGAUUUCCACAGAAACGUCCUUCGACAUUGGCUGGUCUUCGGCCGUCCAUUGUGAGUGCGAAUGCUUUGAAGCGUAGUGCGUCUGGGGAUCACAUCACCAAUGCAGUGAACUUGGUUACCAAGAAAACCACCACAGCGCUCAAGAAAUGGAUUGGCAAGUCGGAGAAAAUGGCGCCGCCUCCGCCAGUUCAUAAGACACACGUUUUGGCACAGUCUAAAAAUAUAAGAAAGCAAACGCCGCAAAUAAAAGCGUCGGUUCCAGUUGUGCCUGCUGAGGCGGAUUAUUUCGCCACACCACGUCCGCUAACGCGAUCCGAUACGUUUGUACGCACCGAUAGUCCCAACGACAUAACACAAUUCUCACCAAGUUUACUGACACAAUCCACGCCUGCACCACCAACAAAUGGGUCGCUUACAACUACACGUAUUAUCCGUCCUCCGGAUAUUAACGAGACAACGAAAUUGCUUAGCAACAAUGCCCGCCAUGCUCUAUAUAACACCCAGAGUUUGGAUAGUAGUCGUGCCAAUCCAACAGCGCAAUUUGGAGAGACGUUCGAGGCAGACAUAAAGCGCCCAAUACAAUUUGAUGAGACGACAAACGAUGUGACCAUUAGCCUUAAUAACCAAUACUCGCCGAAUGCAACGCAAGCAAUAUUAAAGCCCAACCUUACGGCUACUUUCAAUGCACCUGCUUUGCUUGGUCAAACUAUGAAUGUGGUCUCAUCGUCGGAGACCUUUACGCAGAAGCCCCAAUUGUUCUCAUGCGAUACUGUUCUCUUCGACACCACUGCGUCUUUGGGUACAACGAAAAUCAUAGACUCAGCUGAUGCCAUUUCUCCAGUGACUAAUGCCACUUACUCCAAUCCGGACUCGCUGGAUAAUCUUCAAUUACUGGAAGAUGUGUCUGCGCCGUCGGGUUUCUUAGAAAUGGAUCUCACUUUACAAUCAGAUACUGCAAGUGAACACGAGAAGACACGUGAUAAUCUAUUGGACUGUACAGUUUCUUCCGAGACCGAUGAGUUGAAUAGUACUUUGAAAGCGCUGGCGCCAGAAAAAGCUCAUAUGAAACUGCCACUUAAUUCCACAGUGAAUUCGGAACGAUUGCUUGAUCUCACUAAUGCACUGUCGCCGUCUAAACAUAUGAUGAACUUGACUAAAGAUUAUCUGAACCCCUCAUAUUUGGGUUCACGAAAUACGAGUCAACUAUUGUAUAUGACGCAACAUCAACACAUCGGCUCGGAACAUAACACUCCAGAAUACAAUUCGGUAAUGAAGUUCCAAGAUAGUACACAUCUGCUUGCUUCACCUCAAAUAUCACUCAAAGGCGCUCAAAGUGAUUCGGUGUUGCCCACAUGUACGCCCGAAGAUGAGUCUUUGAGCGAGCCGAUGAAAGUAGAUGCGAAUGCUUUGCUUGCUAUGGGCGCGCGUAUCGACGACUUUUAUUCAGUGCGAGAUGGUAAUCAACCCCAAAUAAUUGCUAGCGCAUCUUCUCUGCAAGAUGUCAACAAUCCGGAUGCUAAACAGAAAUCUCGUUACUCAUUUGGCUUGGACCUUACCGAGUCCACCCUUGAUUGCUCAAUUGACUUGGUGGAUGUGUCACUUUCAUCGAACGCUGCUGGCAAUCCCACUGCCAACAGUUCGAUGGCCGUGCACUCACAAUCGCCUGCAUUGCAGACUCAACAGCAGCAGCAACAACUGCAGCCUUUGCGGCGACAAACAUCCUUCGAAUUGGAUGAAAGUUUGGGUAUUUUGACACCCGAUCAAAUGAAAGAAUUUCUUGAUUCCACCAACACUAACAACACCAAUAACUUGGAAUUGCCCCUGUCACAUAAUGGAAACAAAAUGGCAAUGCAUCACAUGCGAAUUGAUCAAACACCGUCACCGGAGGAGCUACCACUAGAUCCUGUUGAGGUAAAGACUGAUAUGACAGAACUUUUGUUGUCACAACAACACAAUCAGUCCAAUAUUUGUGAAUCCGGCUUAAGUCUGCAACAUCAACAACAACUGCAACAGCGUCAACAACACUUGCAACAACAACAAUUGCAGUCCAGUUCCAUCAGCACAGCUGAAACGAUCUCCACGCAUACAGAUAUCGAUACAUCUUCAAAAACAUCGGAUGCAAUGACGAAAUCGAACGUCUCAAAGAUUUCCACCAGCUUCAUCACCAGUGUUACCAGUGUCACCAGCUUGGAUACGGGCUAUCAAGGCGACGGCGAAAUGUCACGUCCGGCUUCGCGCGGCGCCUGCGAUCAUUCGCCGUCCAAUGGUCCUGCGGCACGUAAAGGCGGUCACGUUUCACGACAACCUAGUUUUAACCAACAACUUCAACAGCAACAAAUGCCAUUGGUGCGCCGGCAAGAUCCAAUGACAGACUCUGACUUUUUCACAGAAUCCGAUGCAGAUGACAUAUUUCAUCGUGGUGAUCGUCGCGCCCAAGUUAUCGAUGGACAGCUAUAUGGUCCAAUGCUCCAACCAGCGGCCUCCGUAUUUAUAUCUGAAGAUCCCGAAGAUUCUUGUAUGGAAUCGUCAGGCAUAUUCACAGAUGUUGAGAAUCGGUGCGAUGAUGAUUUGGCACAAAUGCGGCGCCAAGAUACGCAAGACGCAAUAAUGGAUAUGUCACCCGAGGGUGAUGGCGAUUCCACGGAAACGGUAAAGAGUAAUCGGGAAGCUUGUAAAAAUGCCAUCAACAGCGAGCGCAAUGCUAACAAAAGUGAAACUAUGGCUGGCAGCGAUGUAACUGUAACAACAACGCUGCGAAAUGUUGCUGCCACAACACUCGGUCAAGGUCAGUUGAGUAGCAGCCAAACAUCUUCAACGAUACAUAGCAGCAUGAGUACCGAUCGUCUCUCAGCAGCGACGCUCUCCAAUCGCACUUCGUACUGCAGUGUUGACGGCAACACCAUGAACGCAGACUGCAAAAGCUUUUCCUCGCUGGAAGAAGCUUUUGAUGAGAGCACUACAGCGCUGAAUAUCACCGAUACCCUCAACAACACUAUAUUGAGUCCAGCAAGUGCCGAGCACGCCAGACGAUCGCGCCUCUCCACAACUGGAAACGACAGCGCUGGCGUCAACAGUCGUUCUGGCGAUGAAUGCUCGGCCAGCGUCGAAAGCCAACAGCACGAGUCAGUGCUGAAUGUUACUCCACCGCGUAAACACGCGUCGCUAACUUCGCUCUCAACAGUCGCGGCUAACAACGCCGCAUUCUAUGGUGCUAAAGUAGAGAACGUGGGAAAUAAGUACACAUACGGAUUAUCGGCAACUCGUGGUUCCGCACUCAUCGAAAGGGAAACACAUUCGGAAACGGGCACAGCUGGCACAAAAGCGGCUUGCGCCUCAACGUCAUCUUCGACAACCUCGCUGUCUGUAGACAAUCAAAGCAACAAUAACAAAAAUAUACAUCGGUCUGCAUUAGAGGCCGCUGUUGCAGCUGCCGCAAAAGCCACAAACGCCGCGAGUGGCACAAACAAACGCUCGCCGCGCACGUCGAAAUUCGCAUCCGCGCGUAAUUCGCCUAAACAACGCACAUCAACCGGGUCGGUCGCGAGUGUAUGUGAUAUCGGCGCGCCAUCAUCAUUAAAUGUGCGCAAAAAGCAGACUCCCAAUAAAUGGGAAGCAGUGAUGAAUAAAAUUGAAAGCAACAAAGCGUUACCAAAAAAGAAUUUGAAAGAAGUGAAAUCAAAAGUGUCAACAAUACUACGCCCCAGCAAUGGGGUAGGUGCUACAGGUGAUGCUGGCAGCAAUGCCACAACAAACACGACGUCAACGGGACGGUUCAGUGGAGUGCCGGGGCGCGCGAGCGUCACCUCUACGCCGCUAAUACGCCGUUCGCCAAGCUCAACUGCUGCAAGUGGCAGUAUGAGUCCGCGUACGAAUGGCAUGUCGCUGCCGCUGCGGCCAACGGAUAACGGCACUCAACGCAGCAACACCGGCAGUCCCAUAACGACGCAACAAGUGUCAAAGCGUCUAUUCCAAGGAAUUGCAGCCAAGCGUGGUCGAUCGUACAGCAAAGACAGUCAGAAGAGCUCCCAAAGCGAUCUGAGCAUGGCAAGCGCUGGUGGCGGUUCACCGAAGCUUUUGGCUAAAACUCCGUUGCGAGCAGCCAAAAAGCGUGAUGUACGCAACUUGAGUAUAUCACCAACGGAUUUGGGGCCGCCACCCAAAGCACAGCAGACUGCCAAAAGUACAUCGACACGGCUCAAACCAACAACCAUCUCUUUGACACAAAAACGUUAUCCUUCACAAAGUGUUUCUGCUACACCUUCGACCACAUCUACGGCAGUCAGCACGCCCACGGGAAGUGGCGGUGGAAAUUUAAAAGUGAAAACUCCGCAAACAGUGAAAAAAAUUGUUAAAGAUCAAAAUCGUGUUAUUGGCACUGCGACUUCUAAAAAUGUCAAGCACACGGAUGCGCCGACGGAAUUGCAUGAGAUCAACCACAAUAACAACAAUAGCAUCACAACAGCUAUAUCAAAUGGUACAACAACAACAACACGCACAAAUUCACAAACCACAUCACCUAUACUGGGGCAUCAUGGUAAGAAGACGGCGACAACGCCAGCCUCUGCUGCCACUGGUGUCACAGUCAGCGCCACGUUGCUGGAAAAAAAGACACAGUCGAAAUUCCUGCCGACGCGCGGCAAAGCAUUGCUACAAAAGUCACACCAACAACAACGCUCCGCCGAGGAUACACCUGUGUCGGGUGGCGGCGCUGCGGAGCGUUUGGAUGCGUCGGAGUUGCAGCGUUUGAAAUACUUAAAUCGGCAUUCGUGCAACGGUCGUCUGGACUAUGAAGCGAUCGAGCGGCACCUGGAGCAGACGGAACUGCAGGAAGAGCAGCGCAACAAAAGCAUCGAAGUGCUGGGCGUGUUGCUGCAGUACGCUGUGCAUGACUUGGAUGCUUUCGCCUGCCCUCGUGUUAAGGCUGAGAAGGAGAAAAUACAAAAUUAUUUAAGCACAACGCUGAAGUUGCUGGAUGAAGCCAAGUCAAACUGUUCUCGCCUACAGGAUCAGCUAUGCGACAAGGAGGGUUAUUAUACUCAGCGCGAGGAAGAUCUGCAGACUCUGCACCGCUGCGAAAUGGAGAAGGCACAAACAAGUCUCUCCGAUUACCAAGCUUUUGCUCAAGAAAAAAUUGCAGCACUCGAGUCACAACUGGAAGCACAAGCUAUGGAACAUAAGCGUACACUCGAUUCUUAUCGCUUAGAAAUUGAUAAUAAACUCUCACAGAAACAACAGCAACUCGAUGAAGCCGAACAACGCGAACACAAAUUAAAAGAGCGCUUCAAUUUGUUGGCGAUUUCCGAGCAAGAGUUGCGUGAAAAAUUGACUAGCACUGAAAAUGCCUACGCCGCACGUUUCCAGGCGGCCACAGAACGCGAGCAUAACUUGAAUGAACGUGUGAAAGCGCUGACGAAGGAACUCAAUGGGCUUAGAGCUUCCAAUGAGAACAGGGAACGCGAGUUGCGUGACAAGUUAAAUCUGUCGCAGGAUGAGAUUUCGGUUUUACGAUCCUCACAGCGCAGCUUUAACGAAAGCCUGGAUCGCAGCAGCGGCAUUAGUUCGCCACGCAAUUCUAGUAUGUCGGAGCUGGCGCGUCUGCAAAGCGAAGCGGAUAGUUUGCAUUGUGUGUUGGAGUUAAAACAGAAGGAGAUUUCAAAGUUGACUAAACAUAAUGAGGAGCUAAUGCGUGAUGCUGAGGAACGUGGCAUUUUGCAAGGCAAAAUUUCUUUGCUUGAAUCAAACAAUGAGAUGUUGAAGUCAGAGCUGGAUAUCAAGUCGGAGAAGGAGAAGGACUUUCUUCGUAAAAUCAAUGACAUGCAGAAAGCUUAUAACCACGAGAUGGUCAAACGUAAACGUCUUAGCUAUGAUAAUGAGCAAUUGCAAUGGCAGCUCAAACAACGCUCGGAACAGCUACAUAUUGUAGAAACAAAAUUGCACGAGCUCUCAGCUGUGGACUCGAUAAAUACAAGUAAUCAGUCCAGUAUUGGUUUACUGAAUCGGUCUCAGCUAAUGAACGGAUCCUCGCUGGUCAAUAUACCGAUGGAAGAUAUAUCGCCACCGACAUCGCCCGUGGUUAAAGGUGUGAUUGAGAAGCCGGAUUCUGUUUCGUGGGUGCUUGAAAUGGAUGAUGAAACACCCGAAGCCGCCGCGUCGAAGAUGGUUAAGCGAGCUGGUUCAUUUCGUUCUGUCGAGCGUAGUCCUUCGACGCGCCGCCAACUGUCUGCUUGCUCUAGCGCCAUAAACACAUCACUGAAUAGUGUCGGUAGCGGUCCCACAUAUGGCAAUGACAAUAUUAGUGUGGGUCCCAACCCAUUAUCGCAGUCGAUGUCUGCCACGUCAGUGAUAAGACAACAUUCCAGCGAUGGGCGACACGAGUUCAGCAAUCGUUCGCACUCGCGCAUACGCUCCAAAUCGGUAAGUGUAAAGAGCACCGAGCCGGCGCAGGCUGGCACUGGCGCUCUCAAUACCGGUUCGGUAGGCACAAAAAGUGGCAAAAGGUUAAUGCGUCAAAGUUCAAGUUCUACUGCACAUAAACAGCAUCAGCUAGAGUUGAUUAACUGGAAAGAACCGAUCAGUUCGAGUUCACCACAUGCGAAUGCGAUACGACCCCGAACAUCAACAAUGUGCUCAGAAGUCUCAGAGGAGACAGUACCACACGAGACUUCGCUCUUUCAACGCACUUCAAUAACUGGCGCAUCCACGCGAAAGCUCAUUACGUGCGACACAUCCAAAUUGAACUCGGGCGAGCGUUUAGACAUUCAAUCGUUACCAACUCACGCAUCUGUACAUGAUCUUAAAAAGAAAUUCCAUGAGAUACAAGAAUCUGCAGGCGAAGCUAUGGUAUCGGGCACAAACUCCGAGGACGAAGGUUGCUCAGCAUCCUCCGAUGAAAUUGUUUGCUCAGUAUCGACCUCAUCAGCCACCACAGGCUCCACUUCAUCGCUAAAGAACUCGCACAUGUCACUGGAAGAAGUGCUACUCUUGGAUAAAAUUCACAGUCUAAACGGCACACCGAUGGAAGUUAGUUGGUCCGAUGAUCCAGAGGUUUUCACAAACGGCUCAACAGUAUGACAAGACGAAGUAGAGGAAUUAGAAGAACAAGAUGAAGAAGAUGAUAGCUUCUGAACCGGCAUGUGAAUUUUUUAUGUUGGGAUUUAGCCGUUUACAGCCGAAUUUUACUGGCAAAUCGAAAACUAAAAGAGAUAGAGAGAGUAAAAUUAAUUUAUAAAGAGAAGUAAAACAAAAACGAAAUAAAAGCCGAUUAGAGGUUAAACAAGUUGCGUCUAUUUUCCUGCUACUGUACUCACAUUUCAGCAGCUGAGGGCAAGAGUCCUUUGAAAGCUGAACGAAACUUGAAUACAUUGGUGGUAGAAGAGCGCACGAAGUUGGGUUGAAAAGACUGGCCAAUGGUUUGUGUAUUUGUAUGUGUAGUGAAGUGGACUUUGGUCAGAGAGUAACGCGCUGAGCGCAAAAUAUAUAUGUAUCUAUAGUUAACCUUAUUUUAUUUUGUUUAAAUGGAAAAGAGGAAAUAAUGUACCGUUACUGAUUUAUUUGUCAUUUUCAAUUCGUGUACGACAAAGAGAAUAAUAAUAAUGAUGAAAAUUUAAAAUUUCGCAUUCUUAAGGAUUAUAUGUAUGUAUGUCGGUAUUAGACAAAGAAUUACAUUUCGGCAUAAGAAUAAGAAGCUUUGUGUUAUGUCAAAUGAAAGCUCAAAAGUUAUUGUAAUUGAAUUAUCGGUAGAGAGCUUUGUAUUACAAGAAAUAAUUUUUGCUUAUAUCAAAUUUUAAUGGAAAAUAUUUUGAGUGCGAAAACCAUAACGGCACAGCACAUGCUUUUGUUAAAAAAAAAAAAAUUUUAAACUUGCUUGGAACUAUAAUUUAAAGUUAUUUAGACAAAAGUGGGGAGAUGUGAAAAUGUUUUCAGUAGCACUCCUCGGCUAGAUAGCGUCUUUAAUGAGUAAUUAAUUGUGCGAACUGCUUUAUUGAGCACAGUUAUUAGAAUUGAGCAUAGAAUCAGAGGCCGUCUAUUGCAGUCUUAAUUAGCAACAUUAGCGCCCGUAAAUGAAGUCCACUAAUGAUACGAAACCUGAAGAAUGAAAUAUCUAACUAUGUAUGUGUGUUUGUAGCGAGAAUAAGCUACUGGCUAUUUGAUGUGCUUUCGCAUGCGAGCACUUUCGUCGGCAUUUGUUGAAAUUGUCCUUCGAAGGCAAGUGUCGCAGGUGGAAGAGAAAGAGAAAUGUUUUAGCUUUAAAGAAAUUGUUUAGUUUUUAAUUUAUUUCAUGUUAAUUGUAUUUAUUUAAUUUUAAUUAAAAUGUGUACCUUAAUAUUAAGCUUACAUUACUGUACGUUACUUACCUAACUGUAAUUUUUAAGUUCGUUAGUUUGUUAGUCUGUUAGUCGGUUAGUCGGUGAGUCAGUCAGUCAGUCAACUAGGUCGGUCAGUCAGUCAGUUUUGUCGCGUUCGGCUGGGCUGCAUUAAAUUAUGAAUUAUAUCCAAGAAUGUGCAUUAUAAUUAAAAAAACAAAAACAAAAAAGAAAACUAAAAACUAACUUAUAUUGAUUGUUUAUUUGUUUUAUAUAAAUAUGUAUGUAGGCUUACUUGAAUGCAUGGAUGAAUAAUUUAAGAAAAUCUGUAUGUGUUGGUAUUUAUUAUACAUAUAUGCUACUAAAAUGAUAAUUGAAAGCCCCAAAAUCCCAAAAUAAAGUAACUCACACUACACGGUUAACCAUUACCUUUAGACCUCCCUACAAUAUAAUAAAUACAGUUACAUUGUACUCUAUGUAUGGGACAAGCAAACUAAAUGAAAUUGUCACCGCUAAAAAAGAGAGAUGAGAGAAAUUACCCAAAAUGCGGUUAAUAAAAAAUGCAGAAUUAUGAGAAAAUAAAUUAAAUAUUCACGUUGAUUAUAUUAUGUAUCGCGGUGGCAGCCAGCGCAGUGUAUUUUCUAAAGAGCGGAAUAUCUGAUAAGCUUGAAUAAAAAUUGUAGUUUGGAUUCGUUGAGCGGAAGGAAAGUGCUGAAAACCCAAUAAAUAUGUCAAAAUAUAUGAAAUGGAUUGUUUCAAAUUAA